UUACCUUCUCAGAACAGGAUAGGCAAAACACAUUAUUUUAUUCGAACACAUUUUCAUUUCAGCCGGCAUUCUGUACUUUUCAUCACAUGCGAGUGUAAGAAAAUGGUUCCAGAACUUACUAAACCAGCUCCAAAUUUUGAGGGAACAGCUGUCGUCAAUGGACAAUUCAAGACUAUUAAACUUAGCGAUUAUAAAAGCAAAUAUCUAGUAUUAUUCUUCUAUCCAUUAGAUUUCACUUUUGUGUGUCCUACGGAAAUAAUCGCAUUCAGUGACAGAGCUCAAGAAUUUAGGGACAUAAACUGUGAAGUCGUGGGCUGUUCUACAGAUAGUCACUUUAGUCACUUGGCAUGGAUAAAUACGCCAAGAAAAGAUGGAGGAAUCGGAAAAAUGAAUAUCCCAAUGCUGGCUGACAAGAAUGGUAGCAUUUCCAAAGCCUACGGAGUUUAUAAAGAAGAUCAAGGAAUUGCCUUUCGGGGGCUCUUCAUUAUCGAUGAUCAAAGUCGCCUUCGUCAAAUCACCAUCAAUGAUUUACCUGUUGGUCGCUCCGUAGACGAAACUUUACGGUUAGUUCAAGCUCUGCAAUACACGGACGUACACGGAGAAGUUUGUCCAGCUAAUUGGAAACCAGGAGAUGAAACAAUGAAGCCGGACCCUUCCGGUAGCAAAGAGUAUUUCCAACGUCACGACUAGAUCAUCGUUUCUCCCAGCCAUCUCCAAUCAACAAAAUAAUCGUUUCAUUUGAUAGUGGCAAUGUAAAUUACUUAAAAGUUUAAUAAAUACUUCUAUUUGGGCCCA